AUGCAAUCGUGCGCCGGUGGUGUGUCCUCAGUGGCCGCUGCUGCCUGCCCUGCCACUGCCGGCGAUCGGAGGCUCAGCCCGGGCUUGGUGGCUCCGAGUGCCCCGUGCGCUGUUGGUGGAAGUGAUGAGGAGGCGAACAAAAUGGCGCCCGGAAAAGCGAGCGAAGCAGAGGAGGACUUUCCGACACUGACAGCCCAGGAGCGCGACACGAUAGCCGGGAUUGACAGCUCGCUCUUUGGAUUUCAGAAGCUCCGUGAAGAUGGCGCCAGAACUAAGGCCCUAUUAAUAAAGGCUGUACGCUGCUACGACUCUCUCAUCCUGAAAGCAGAGGGGAAAGUGGAGCCGGAGCUGUUCUGUCAACUGGGACACUUCAACCUUCUCCUGGAAGACUAUCCAAAAGCAUUAUCGGCAUACCAGAGGUACUACAGUUUACAGACAGACUACUGGAAGAAUGCUGCCUUUCUGUACGGCCUGGGAAUGGUCUACUUCCACUUUAAUGCCUUUCAGUGGGCGAUCAAAGCGUUCCAGGAGGUGCUCUACAUCGACCCCGGUUUUUCUCGAGCCAAAGAGAUUCAUCUGAGACUGGGGCUCAUGUGUAAAGUCAAUACAGACUACGAGUCCAGUCUCAAGCAUUUUCAGCUGGCUUUGAUUGACUCCAACCCCUGCACUUUGACCAAAGCUGAAAUUCAGUUCCACAUCGCGCAUCUUUAUGAAAUCCAGAAGAGAUAUCGAGCCGCGAAAGAGGCGUACGAGGCGCUGCUGCAGACGGACGACCUCCCGGCUCGAGUCAAAGCCACAACUCUGCAGCAGCUCGGCUGGAUGCAUCACACGGUGGAGCAGCUCGGAGAACGUUCGACCAGAGACAGUUAUGCCAUUCAGUGUCUACAGAAGUCUCUGGAGGCAGACCCCAAAUCAGGACAGUCCUGGUACUUCCUCGGCAGGUGCUACUCCAGUAUUGGUAAAGUCCAGGACGCUUUUGUCUCAUAUCGUCAGUCCAUAGACAAGUCUGAAGCCAGUGCAGACACCUGGUGCUCAAUCGGCGUCUUGUACCAGCAGCAGAACCAGCCCAUGGACGCCCUCCAGGCCUACAUCUGUGCGGUGCAGCUCGACCACAGCCACGCCGCCGCCUGGAUGGACCUCGGAACCCUCUACGAGUCGUGCAACCAGCCGCACGACGCCAUCAAGUGUUACAUCAACGCCACCAGGAGCAAAGGCUGCAGCAACACAGCGGCUCUCACACACCGCAUCAAGUGUCUGCAGGCUCAGUUGAGUUCCCCCCAGCUCAGUAACCUUCAGGCUAAAAGUAAAAUGCUGCCCCUUAUUGAGGAGGCUUGGAGUCUGCCCAUCCCAGCAGAACUUACGUCCAGACAGGGGCCAAGCAAUGCUCCUCCGCAGGCGUGCAAGCCCAACCACAGCGCAGAGGGAGGGGGGUCUGGUCCCACAUUACCCCCGCACACCAGCCCCCUGUCCCAGGCUGACGAGUCCUGUCCCGCCAAAAGGAGGAGGGCGGGAAGUCCAGCGAAGGGUGAACCUUGGGCCAGUAACCCCACACAGCAGCAAGUCCCCACCUGGUAUCUGUCGCCUCAGAAGCUUCAGUUGUUGGAGCAGCUGAGAGGGAACCGCUCGAGCCUCAAACCUCCGCAGCUGCAGAUGUUGGAGCAGCUAGAGGCUCAGCUCAACAUGAUGCACCAGCACCAGAUUCGUCAGAACUCGUCAGGACAGAUCCGACCCUCUCUCCCCAACGGCCCCUCGCCUCACCCCCUCCCCUCUCCGAACCUCCAUCGCCUCCCCCAAAGACCCCUCCUCAACGGACCCCUGGGAGCCCUGCCUUCAGCCCCCAGGAGCAGCAGCAGUAGUAAUAACAGUAGUAGUAAUAGUAACCAGGUGGACAGGGACGUGCCUUAUGUACAGACAGCGGAGACCGGAGCGCCGCUACCUCAAACCUGCACAAAACCACAGGACGCAACGCCAUGCCCCUCCCACCUCCAAAACAACUCUCAGGGGCUCCAAAAAGGCUCAGCUCCAGCCACAUCAGACUCCACCACUGACCACAGCUCAGUCCCGCCCCCUUCUGCUCCCUGCCCGCCGCCGCCAUCCAAUCAGGUUGCACAUUCCACAGACGCCUCCUCCACGUCGUCGUCAUUGUCGCCGCCCUCUGCACCGAACGCCACAAACUCAAACUCCAACCACCUCCCAACUUCACCCUCUGCUACCUCCGGCUCCGCAGCUGCUGCUACCAAAGACACCGCUCCGCCCACCGCGCACCCAGCCAAUCACGUGCAUGCGGAGACGUCGGAGAGCGAGAAGGCCACAGCGAAACUCAGCGAAGACAAUCCCCGGCUAUCUGCGUUACUCGGCAACAAGGAGGAGCGCUCGGAAACCCCGGGAAACUCUCUGAAAGACAAGAAAGUGAACAAUAUCCACCCGGGGGUUAAACCCGCCACUCCGCAGGCGCAUAGUUCCAGUGCGUCUUCCCCGGUGUCUGCCAUGUCCACCGCCACGCCGUCACCCAAGUCCACGGAGCAGACGGAACAGAGUCCAGCCGCUGGGAAUGCUAGCGCUCCAGCGGUCAACGGGAAAGGCGGGAUUUCUGAGGAUUCACAGAGUCCGUCGAAAGCAGAGCCGCCAUUGGUGCUAAAGGCCCUGCGAGCGCACACGUCAAACUCGUCUGUGUCCAUCUACCCCAGCUCCACAGACGUUCUCAAGGCCUGCAGAAACCUGGGUAAAAACGGUUUGUCGAACAGCAGUAUCCUCCUGGACAAGUGCCCUCCUCCACGACUGCCCUCAGCUCCUGCUCCUGCUCUGCCCAAAGACAAGCUCAACCCUCCCACUCCCAGUAUAUAUUUGGAAAACAAAAGGGACGCCUUCUUUCCUCCUCUGCAUCAGUUCUGCACAAAUGCUUCCAACCCGGUGACCGUCAUCAGAGGACUCGCCGGAGCGCUGAAGCUCGACCUGGGCCUGUUCUCCACGAAGACCCUGGUGGAGGCAAACCCGGAGCACAUGGUGGAGGUGUGGACGCAGCUGUCGCAGCCGGCGGAUGAGAACUGGGACCAAAGUGGAACUAAGAAGCUGUGGAAGUGUGAGAGCGGGAGGGGACACACCACCAUCGCCAAGUACGCCCAGUACCAGGCCGCGUCAUUCCAGGAGUCUCUGAGGGAGGAGAAUGAGAAGAAGGCUUUAAAGGAGACGUCGGACGCCGAGCCCGCCUCAGCAGACAGUGUUGCACGGAAAAGAAGAGGUCCAUUAAAAUACAUCAAGUUUGGAACCAACAUCGACGUUUCGGACGAGAAGAAGUGGAAGCAGCAGCUGCAGGAGCUGAGUAAACUUCCGGCCUUUGCACGAGUUGUGUCGGCGGGGAACCUGCUGAGCCACGUGGGACACACCAUCCUGGGAAUGAACACUGUCCAGCUCUACAUGAAGGUCCCAGGGAGCAGGAUACCAGGACACCAGGAGCACAACAACUUCUGCGCCGUCAAUAUCAACAUCGGUCCUGGAGACUGUGAGUGGUUCGCCGUGCCGGAGCCGUACUGGGGCGUCAUGAGCAACUUCUGUGAAAAAAACAACAUAAACUUCCUGAUGGGUUCGUGGUGGCCAAACCUGGAGGACCUGUACGAGGCGGACGUCCCUGUGUAUCGCUUCAUCCAGAGACCUGGGGACCUGGUCUGGCUCAACACCGGCACCGUGCACUGGGUCCAGGCCAUCGGCUGGUGCAAUAACAUCGCCUGGAACGUCGGCCCUCUGACGGCGCACCAGUACAAGUUGGCGGUGGAGCGAUACGAGUGGAACAAGCUGCAGUCGGUGAAGUCGAUGGUUCCCAUGGUGCACCUCUCCUGGAACAUGGCCAGAAACAUCAAGGUGUCUGACCACAAGCUCUUUGAGAUGAUCAAGUAUUGCUUGUUGCGGACGCUGAAGCAGUGUCAGUGGGUGAAGGAGGCUUUGGCAACGACAGGGAAAGAGACCGUGCUCCGACCGCGAUCCAGAGACGAGACGGCGCACUACUGCUCCAUCUGCGAGGUGGAGGUGUUUAACCUGCUGUUUGUCCGGCGGGAGCUGCUCUCAAAGGCGCCCUCUGUGGUCCACUGUCAGGACUGCGCCCGGAAAGGCAGCUCUGCUCUGGACGACUUUGUGGUUCUGGAGCAGUACAGGAUGGACGACCUCAUGCACAUCUACGACCACUUCACACUACAGGUCGCUCCUCUUCACUCGUCCUCGUCUUGA